AUGUGGUUCUUGUCUAUCGGCCUCUCUUGUUUCGGCGCUGUACUGGGCCAGAUCUUUUAUUUUCGCCCGCAGCCAGUUUCAGUCAGUCAGCCCUUCCUCCAGGCAUUGGAAGAGAUUAUUCCUGGACCUGGGAAGAAUGCCCUAUUCAAGACAUCUGAUACUCGCUUUUGGAGAUUCAUGAAUCCAGGCCAUUUCAACAUCAAAGAGCAUGUCGCAAUUACCAUCAUGGCUUCGACGGCAUCGUCGUCCGCUCUUGCUAUUAGCAUCUUUGCGGCGCAAGACCUUUACUACGACGUCCGGCCUAACGUAGCGGUUGGUAUCUUCAGUUUGAUCGGCUCUCAACUAAUUGGUUACAGUGCCGCUGGCAUCAUGAGAUCCUUCCUCGUAUAUCCAACUUUUGCAGUUUACCCUCAGCUUAUGCCGAUGACACAACUUUUCGACGUGCUUCACAGAGGCAAAGAGACAGUUAUGCAGAAGAAGAGGUUAAAGUUCUUCUGGCUAAUAUUUGUUGCAAUCUUUGUCUGGGAAUGGUUCCCUGAGUAUAUUGCUCCCACGCUCACUGGUAUUAGUAUUUUCUGUCUAGCGAAUCAAAGGAGCGCAUGGUUUACUCGAGUCUUUGGUGGUGCGGCUGGAAAUGAAGGUCUGGGUGCAUUUUCAAUUUGUCUUGACUGGGCGUAUGUCGGAUCAGGUGGAGGACCAAUCGGAGCCUUGUUCACGCCCUUGUCUACGCAGUUGUCUCUGUACGCCGGCAGUGCAGUCUGCAUGAUCGCAUUCUGCGCCUGUUAUGCAAUGAAUACUUGGAAGGCACAGAACUUUCCAUUCUUGUCGCAAUUACUAUACUUCGAGAAUGGAACGGAAUAUGAUCAACUUUCUAUACUGAACCCCGAUUUUACGCUAAAUGAAGGAAAGCUGGCGAUACAGGGUCUUCCGUGGUACGCUGCAUCUCAGUUAUUGUUCAAGGUCAGUCGUACCAUGUACAUAGGAGCUGCUGUCAUGCACUUUUUCCUCUGGAACUACAAAACAAUUUUAAACAUCGUUUUGGACUUCCGAAACGGCAAGUGUAAUGAUCCGCACUACCAGAAGAUGAAGGUUUACAAAGACGUUUCUAAUUGGUGGUAUCUCGCAAUUUUUGUCGGUACCACAGCCAUGGCAAUGGCGACCAUUUACACAUCCGGAUCUGGCCUCCCCUGGUGGGGUCUGUUUGUCGCACUCGUUUUUGCGUGGAUCUUUAUUCCAAUCAUCGGCCAUCUGUACGCGACAGUGGGAUACGCACCAAACAUUGAAAUUUUGGUUCAGAUGCUUGGCGGAGCGCUUAUUCCUGGAAAGCCAGUCGCCAAUAUGUAUUUCACGUUGUACGGGUAUAAUCCCAUCGUUCAGUCCCUGAGCUUACUGCGCGAUCUCAAGCUGGGCCAGUAUACCAAGCUACCUCCCAAGGUCACGUUUUGCGUACAAACCAUUGGAACGAUUAUAGGCGCUCUUCUGAACUUCGUUAUUAUGAAGACAGUCCUCAACUCUCAAAGAGAAGUCUUGCGCGAAGUGCAAGGAACAAAUGUUUGGUCCGGCCAACAGGUCCAGUCGUAUAAUAGCGCAGCCAUUGCUUGGGGUGCUCUGGCUAAGCCUCUGUACGCUACCGGAACACGCUAUGGCUUCGUUCCAUAUAUGUUGAUUGCGGGUCUCGGAUUUCCCAUUCCCUUUUGGCUUCUUCAUCGCAAGUACCCCAAAUUCGGCUUGAAUUUCGUGUUCACUCCAGUUCUUGUUGCCGAGCUGGGUGUGUUCAGUGCUGGGAUCAACUCGAGUCUCUUCACGAUGUUUUUGCUCACGAUAUAUUCGCAAUAUUACAUUAGAAAAUAUCACGCGACAUGGUUCCGUAAAUACAACUUUCUUUUGAGUGCCGCGCUUGAUGGAGGAACUGCGGUAAUGAUUUUUGUGUACACUUUCGCCGUUGGUGGGGGUAGCGGGAAAGUUGUACCCUUUCCGACGUGGACUUUGAAUCCCACGGGAAAUCCAGAUUAUUGCAAACGCCUUACUUAG